AGUCCGUGCUCGUCGCCGCCGCCCUACACGCCACCGCCACCAUGACGCACCAACACCCCGCGCUGACGGCCGAGCAGAAGAAGGAGCUGUCGGACAUCGCGCUGCGGAUCGUGGCCCCGGGGAAGGGCAUCCUGGCAGCCGAUGAGUCCGUAGGGAGUAUGGCCAAGCGCCUCAACCAGAUUGGGGUGGAAAACACGGAGGAGAACCGCCGGCUGUACCGCCAGAUCCUCUUCAGCGCCGACAGCCGGGUGAAGAAAUGCAUCGGGGGCGUCAUCUUCUUCCACGAGACCAUGUACCAGAAGGCUGAUGACGGCACCCCCUUCGUCCAGAUGAUCAAGGACAAGGGCAUCGUUGUGGGCAUCAAGGUGGACAAGGGUGUUGUGCCUCUAGCCGGGACCGAUGGCGAGACCACCACGCAGGGUCUGGAUGGACUGUGGGAGCGCUGUGCCCAGUACAAGAAGGACGGGGCAGACUUUGCGAAGUGGCGCUGCGUGCUGAAGAUCAGCGAGCACACUCCCUCUGCGCUUGCCAUCAUGGAGAACGCCAACGUCCUGGCCCGCUACGCCAGCAUCUGCCAGCAGAAUGGCAUCGUGCCCAUCGUGGAGCCGGAGAUCCUGCCUGAUGGUGACCACGAUCUCAAGAGGUGCCAGUAUGUGACAGAGAAGGUGCUGGCAGCUGUCUACAAGGCACUGAGUGACCACCAUGUCUACCUGGAGGGGACCCUGCUGAAGCCCAACAUGGUGACCCCUGGGCACUCCUGCCCCACCAAGUACAGCCCAGAGGAGAUUGCCAUGGCCACUGUCACCGCUCUGCGCCGCACCGUGCCCCCAGCCGUGCCAGGUGUCACCUUCCUGUCUGGUGGUCAGAGUGAGGAGGAGGCUUCCAUCAACCUCAACGCCAUCAACACGUGCCCGCUGGUGCGGCCAUGGGCCCUCACCUUCUCCUACGGGCGGGCGCUGCAGGCGUCGGCGCUCAGUGCCUGGCGCGGGCAGAGGGACAACGCCGAAGCUGCCACCGAGGAGUUUGUCAAGCGUGCAGAGGUGAACGGGCUGGCAGCGCUGGGCAAGUACGAGGGCAGCGGGGACGACUCGGGGGCCGCCGGGCAGUCCCUCUACGUGGCCAACCACGCAUACUGAGCCCCGGCCGGGCAGCCCACCGGCCCCGAC